AUGUUCUGUGAUGCUGUGGAGCCGAGAUCAAAACUUCCUCCACAGCCUCCAACCUUUCCGCGCUCGACCGUCGGGGUACCCACUAUCGAAGGCCGUCUGGACACCGUGAUGGAGUACCCUUCUCUCGGUGAGUCGAUGCGACCACCUUCCACCGUCGUCGCUGGUGCCGACGAUGAACAGACCGGUGAACCCGCGCAGAAGCGCCCUCGAACCUCCGACGAGAGCUCAACGCCCAAUGCAUCGACGUCGACACCUACCGGAGGCAACGGAAAUGCUAACAACACCACUGGACCGUCUAACCACCUCCGCCUGUAUAGCUGCGGAAAGUGCUCAAAGAGCUAUGCGCGUCUUGACCACCUAAGUCGCCAUGUGCGCAUGCACACCCAAGAAAAGCCCUAUCAGUGUCAGAUUUGUACAAAAGCGUUUGCUCGCGCUGACCUGCUCAAGAGACACACUCUGGGGCAUAACAAAGAUGAUCCUCAGUCAAAGCCCACAAUCGUUCAGCACAGUCGCGUGUCGCAAGCCUGCGAGGCCUGCGCUGGGCUCCACCUGAAGUGCGAAGAGGAGAAGCCAUGCAAGCGAUGUACCAAGAAGGGCAUCACUUGCAACUUUACGCCUACUUAUCCGCCGAAUGAGAUGCAGAGGCCAUCGCCACCUGAAAAUCAAUACGCCCAGGACCAGCAGCCGCAACAUCAGCAUCAACAGCAUCAACAAUGGUCUAACGAGAAUGUUCAGCACAUGCAGAACAUGAACACCAUGACGCCGAUGCACCACAUGUCCCCGCCACACUUACAACAGCGAAACUCAUUUGGUCCUGCAGGUCCAUUACCUCCAAUGCAGAUGACAGAGUCGACUCCACAGCCGCCACCCCAGGCUCAGAUGGCUAUCGAUCCGGCCAUGCUACCACCCCAGACUCCAGGUCCUAUGUUUGACUACCUUCGAGACAAGAUGAUGCCUCAGAGUGGCCAGCCGAACAAUGGCGUCCAGGUCAUUGACUAUCAGACUGGCCCGUGGACACCGCGAGAGCUGUUCGAUUUUGGUGUCGAUACGAACAUGGAGCUGAACGAUCUGGAUCUGAGCUUCCUUGAUACUUACAACAAUGCAAACCCUUUUGAUCUUCGCACACCGAGCAUAGGGUUCCCGACGACAGGCUCAGACAUCAUGCCAAGCUAUACAUCCGCACCCAUGCCUAUGGCACCAAUAGACACAAAUGCACUACCGAAGGCCUCAGUAUGGCGCUUUAGGCCACUGUCCAAGGAUUCGGGAAGUGCGGAGCAGGAGAAUCUGUCUUUACCAACACCGACCAGUCUCGACAUCGACAGACGCGUUACGACGGAGCCACUGUCUCAGACAUCACGAGAUAAGAUCUUGGCUAUGAUCUUGAGUACGUGCAAGCCGAACAGCAUACCUCGGGCGGUCGCAUGCUUCCCGUCUAUUGGCCUCUUGGACAGUCUAUUCCAGUUCUCUUUGACUUCGCCAGGAUCACACGCUAAACAUUGGAUUCAUGCACCAACCCUUUUGGCUGGCCAGACAAGACCGGAAGUACUUGCAGCUAUUGUUGCCGCUGGUGCAGUGUUGACACCUGAUUCGUCGAUCCGCAAAGUUGGCUAUGCCAUUCAGGAGGCGAUCAGAACUGCGGUGCAGGUGCAGGUGGAAGAGGACAACACAUUAAUGAGAGAUCUACAAAUCAUGCAGGCUUCACUCCUUCAGCUGAAGAUCGGCCUGUGGAGUGGCGACUCUCGCAAAAUGGAGCUUGCUGAAGGGUUUCAACAAGUGCUCGUGACGAUGGGUCGACGUGGCGGGCUUUUCCGGCGAGGCACAUACGAGCGGAUCGUUCCAUAUCCUGAGGAUCAAGGCGAAGUCCUGGAGCAAAAGUGGAGGCAAUGGGUGAAGCAAGAGUCGCGGAAGCGGUUCGCUUUGCAUCUAUUCCGUCACGACCUCGAGGCCUCUGUAUCUUUGCUCAGCAGCCCCUUGAUCUCAUACGCCGAACUGUACCUGCCAUUACCCGAGUCUGAGAAUCUAUGGCACGCUCCAUCGGCCGAAUCAUGGAAAGCUACGUACAUGCGCAAUCCGGGACCGAGACACGAGAGACAGCCCUCGCUAGUCGAUUGUAUUCAGGAUCUGGACAUUCUCGCUGUCCGAGACAUUUUCGUGGAUCAGCGUCAAGCGUCGAUGGCAGUUCUCGGUGCUGCAUGGCGCAUGAUCUGGGAAUACAGACAGCUGGACUCGUCCAUGAAGGAUUACAACAACCAGUGGCGAAACUCGCUGCUCAUGAACACCCGCCAUUCAGAGCUGACGAAGCUCUUGCAAUGCUUCCGCAUAAGUUCCGUAGAGGACACGAAGGUCACACUCAUCGUGGAACUCCUACUGAUGCAUCUUCACAUGUCUCUAGACGACGUGCAACUAUUUGCCGGAGUCGAAGGUGAAGACGAAUCCCGUAGGGUAUACCCAUCCCUCGUCCAAUGGACGCGGACACCGACUGCACGCCAAGCCCUGUGGCAUGCCGGUCAGGUGCUCAGAGCAGCCCGCAACCUACGACCAGGCCUGAUCUGCGACUUCGCAGCCAUCGCCGUCUACCAAGCAAGUCUAGCAUUCUGGUCCUACGGCAUCAUCACCCGCGCAACCGAGCCAGAACCCAUGGCCAACCACAAUCCCACCGCUUUCCUCGACGGCGGCGAUGACAAUGCUGUCAAGCGGUGGAUCAUCAACGGGAAAGGCAAUGCCGCCAUACGCACGUGGACGGUCAAGCCACCAACUGAGGGAUCUGCGAUGGUUGCCAAUCCGGAUGAGGUUGUGGGAGCUGUGGUCGCUACGAUGCGGCAGAAUCAUAAUGAGACGAGGAAUCCGCCGCUGGUAGAUAAUUUGAUCAAUAUUAUGGAGGGAUUAAGGAAGGCGGCUAGGACGUGA